AUGUACGGCUUGCUGUGUGAGAGUCUGCAUGACUUCAUUAAAGAGUCAUAUGGAGACGACGUGUGGAAGCUGGUCAGGGAGAGAGCAGAUGUACGACUCCAUUCUUUUGUCACACAUCAGGUUUACAGUGAGAGUGUAAUCCCCCGCAUAGCAAAGGCAGCUAGUGGUGUUACAGGCACUCCCUAUAAUGAGCUGAUGAACUCUUGGGGUGUUUAUUUCCUGGGUUUUGUGGGAAAGUACGGGUAUGACCGCAUCCUCAAGGUAUUGGGGCGUCAUGUCCGUGACUUUGUGAAUGGCUUGGAUAACCUACAUGAGUAUCUGCGCUUCAGUUACCCUAAAGUGCAGCCACCCACAUUCUUUUGCCAGGAGGAGUCUGCUACCGGAGUUACACUGCACUACAGAAGCAAGAGGAAGGGCUACCUGCACUAUGCUAUGGGACAGCUCAGACAGAUGGGCAAACAGUUCUAUGAUACAGACAUCCAUGUGGAGGUUCUUUCUGAGCAGCUGGUGGGAGAUUACUCCCAUGUUACAAUGAGAUUAAACUUCGAUAACUCGGCAUAUCGCUACAUCCAGAAGGAGGAUGAUGAGGAGCAGGAGAUUCUGCCCAUCACCAGCGACUUUUUCUUUGAAGUGUUUCCCUUUAACAUCGUCUUCAGACAGGACAUGGUGGUGCACAAUGUUGGCUCAGGUUUGGCUACUGUCUUCCCUGAUUUGGAUGGCAAGAAGAUCAAUGAUGCUUUCCUGCUGGCUCGCCCCCUGGUGGAGUUCACCUGGAACAUGAUUAUUUCCCAUCCCAACAACCUGUUUGAAAUCAUGUCCAAGGAGCCGGUGAAAAGGGAGCGCAACCUUCACAACAGAGUCCAGAACUCUGAUUAUGAGAAUGCAAAUCGCUCUGCUGAUGUAGAUGUGGAACUUAUGGCCUUCCAGUCCAUCAUCGGAGAUGAUUAUAAAGAUGGGAACAGUGCCAAUGCUAUGGAAAGCUGGGGUGAUGGUAGUCGCUGCCUUAAACUGAAAGGCCAGAUGAGAUACAUGCCUGAGUGGGAAUCCAUCAUUUUCCUGGGAACACCCGUAAUGGAGAGUCUGAGUGCUAUGUUCAAAACUGGGCUCUACAUUAAUGAUCUAAGCAUGCACGACUCCAGCAGAGACCUGGUGCUUGCAGGAACCCAACAAUCUGAAGAGCUUAAGAGAGCACUCAUACAGGAGCAAAAGAAAUCAAGUAAGCUGGAGGAAAGCAUGAAGAUGUUGGACUACGAGAUGAAGAAGACAGAUGACCUGCUGUACAGGAUGAUCCCUAAACCUGUAGCUAAGAGACUGCGCAAGGGAGAACCUGCAGUAAACACAUGUGAGGUGUUCCCAGAUGUGACUAUUCUAUUCAGUGAUGUUGUGGGUUUCACCCGCAUCUGCAGCCACAUCACUCCCAUGCAGGUGGUGUCCAUGCUCAACACCAUGUACACACUCUUUGACACGUUAAGCGAGAAGCACAGAGUCUUUAAGGUUGAAACUAUUGGAGAUGCCUACAUGGUUGUAGCAGGUGCACCAGAGAAGACGAAGUACCACGCUCACAAUAUCUGUGACAUGGCUUUGGACAUGGUACGAUCCAUAGACCACCUUAAAGACCCAUCUAAUGGCAACAACAUUCAAAUCCGAGUGGGAAUCCACUCUGGCAUGGUUGUUGCUGGGGUUGUAGGUCACAAAAUGCCACGCUAUGGUCUUCAUGGUGACACAGUGCAUACGGCAUCUGCCAUGGAGAGCAACGGAAAGGAGAUGCACAUUCAGCUUAGCAGCGCCACAUACGAGCACCUACAGGGCAGUCACUUCAUUUUUGAGAGACGUGGAACUAUAACUAUCAAGGGUAAUGUGGAGAUUGAGACCUACUGGCUCAAAGGGAAGAGGGAUAAAGACGGCAACGCUCAGGCUGCCUGCCCUCAGUUUGAGGCUCAAACCAUCAGCAAGGCCUCUAUCUCAGCUGCUGAGCCUCCCAUCGAUGAAGAGGAACUGGUGUUUCCAUCUGUAACAGGUGAGGAUGAGGAUGAUGUGAAGUCUAUCCACUCACACCGCAUCAAAAUGGAAACGUCUGGCAACUCUCUGGAGGAAUCCAUGGAGGAAGGCAGAGUGGAAACGCUGUCUGUCAGCAAGGAUGGUGGUCUGCAGGACCCUCAUAUCGAAAUGGACUCACCAGACUUUGAUGGCCGGGACUCCAUAAUGCAAUCUCCAGAAGGUUCCUGUGACUCCCAGUGUUCAGAAAAGAGCGCCAUGUGUACCAUAGCCUAA